GUCGUCUUCUUCAACUUGUUAUUUGUUUCGCUUUCCUCUCUCUCUCUCGCCCUUUCGAGCUCCUCACUUCUUGGCUCGACACUCAUGUCACAAUCCAAAUCAAUCACGUAAUCAAAUCCCCCCCCCCUUUCUUCUCCUCGCUCAUCUCUCAAUCCCUAAACCUCCCCGCCUCCCGUAUUUUUGAUGGACAUUCUUCGAUUAGGUUCGAUUUCACCACAUAGAACAAAGAAAUGGCUGAUUCUACUAUCCCUCCUCGGAAUCUCGAGCUACGGAGCUUACAAAUUUUACACCUUCCCAUACAUCGCGAGGAAGAGGAAGCGUCUCACGAACCUCUUCGAAUCAAUCGCCUCCUUCGCCGAGCUAGUCACCGACUCAGCUGAAACCAUAACUCUCGUCUCCCGAGACUUGAAGCAGUUUCUCCAAUCCGACUCCGACGAAAUCCCGAACAGCUUGAAACAGAUCGCGAAAAUCGCCAAAUCGAAAGAGUUCGCCGACUCGAUAUCUAGGGUUUCAGAGGCAGUAACCGUCGGUGUCCUCCGCGGGUAUAACAACGUCGACGAAGAGGCGGAAUCGAACCCAGGCGUGGUGGAGAGAGUUUUGUUCUCAGAGGCGGGGACUGGUUUCGUCUCGGUUCUCGUCGGUAGCUUCGCGAAGAAUCUCGUCCUUGGAUUCCACGAGGUUGAGACUAGUAAUCUCGAAACGACGUCGGAGAAGCCUAGAUGGAUGAGUUUGUUAUGCGAUGAGAAGAUUAAAGAGCUGUUAGCUGAUUGCAUAGAGAGAUUCACCAUCUCUGCUGUAACCGUCUACAUCGAGAAAACAGCUGGCGUCAACGCUUACGAUCAGAUAUUCUCCGGUUUGACUAAUCCGAAACACCGAGACGGAGCGCGAGACGUUCUCGUCUCGGUCUGUAACGGAGCGCUCGAGACGUUCAUGAGAACGUCUCACCAAGUGUACACAUCUUCAAACUCGGGAGGAGAAGAAGAGACCGUUAGAGAUUCUUCUUCUUCUUCCUAUUCUUCCGGAUGGUCGGAGGCGCUCACGACUACGUUAGCGGUUCCGAGCAAUAGGAAGUUUAUGUUCGAUGUUACCGGAAGAGUGACGCUGGAGACGAUGAGAUCGAUACUUGAGUUUGUGGUGUUGAAGACAUCGCAGAGCUUUAGGAGGAGUUUCGGUUCGGUUCGUGGAGAGGUUACGGAUAGAGGACGGCAAGUGGUUGGGUAUGUUGGUGCGAAAUCUUCGGUGAUAAUCACCCUUUGCCUUGCGGUUUACUUUCAUGUUGUGAACCGGUUUGUUCGAGGUUCUUCGGUUCGCUUAAACCAGCAUUUCUAGUCGUUUAGAGUAAUGUUAGGGGGACGUGAGAUCUUCAGCUUCCUCAUUCUAUUGGUUUAUGUAGUUUAGAGCUGAAUAAUGUAGAUUUUUGUGCUGUUUACAGAUUGAUUCUAAUUGAUAAAGAAAUUUCUUGAGAUAAUUGGAAGACUGCAAUGUCAUCAUCAUCGAGAACCUUGAUGGAACUGAGUAUCUUGGUAUGACGUUGAAGGUGAACUUUGCAGACAAACCGAAACCAAACAAAGAAUCUCUGAAUCCAGAAACAGAGUACAAGCUGUUUGUUGGUAACUUGUCGUGGACUGUCACUUCGGAGUCAUUAGCUGGAGCGUUUCGAGCGUGUGGAGAUGUGGUUGGUGCUAGAGUUGUUUAUGAUGGAGACACUAGGAAAUAAAGAGGUUAUGGCUUUGUGUGUUACUCCUCCAAAGCUGAAAUGGAGACCACUCUUUAAUCGCUGGAUGGGCUUGAGCUAGAGGGUCGGGCCAUUCGAUUAAACCUGGCUCAAUGAAGAUAUACUGAUCAUACAACAGCAUUUUGUUGAGACGUAGUACAUCAGAGAUUAUGUUUCAAAUAAGAUCAAUAUGUUGUUUUAUGGUUAAUGUUUGGUAGUAACUAAUCAGUACCAAUCCAAUCCUUCCUGUCUUUUUCAACAUGAUCAUGUGUCCAUA